AUGCAAGGCGGCAUACGAUGCGCACGACGGCGUAGAGUGCCUUGCCUCAGAAUACUCUAUUUUCGAAAUGAUAGAUGUCUGCGUUCGCUCAGCACUUCGGGCACGACCGCUUCUGAUGUCGUGCAGGAUCCGAUCGCGUAUUGCAGAAACCUGGUCCAAAAACACGACUAUGAAUCCUUCCUCAUCUCCCCGUUCUACCCGGAACACUUGCGAGGAGGUUAUUUGGCACUGCGGGCGUUCUACGUCGAGCUUGCUAUGCUUCAAGAGUCGGUGUCAAAUUCAAUGAUAGGGAAGAUGAGAACUCAGUUUUGGAGAGACGCCGUAAAGGGAAUUGGUGAUGACAGAUCGCCACAUCAUCCUAUUGCGCUAGCCCUACAUGAUGCUUCGCGUCGAGCGCAUUUGCCAACUUACCAUCUGAAACGUAUAAUUGAUGCAAGGGAAAAUGAACUUCAGGCGCCCACUCACUUGACGGUGGACAGUGCGACAGCUCACGCGGAGUCUACAAGCUCGACCCUGCUUUACCUCCUCUUGUCACUACUGUCGCUGAAUGAGUCGUCAACAUUUUCUCAUGCGGCAUCCCAUCUUGGUGUUGCGCAGAGCUUCUCGACUUUGCUUAGGGCUCUCCCGUUCCACGCAUCCAAGGGUCGGAUGAUUAUUCCGGCGGAAAUAACAGCAAGGCAUAAGGUGAAUCAGGAGGAGGUCUUCCGCAAGGGACCCGAAGCAUCUGGCUUGACCGACGCAGUAUUUGAAUUUGCAACAGUUGCAAACGACCACCUCAUCACGGCCAGAGAGAUGUUCAAGGACGCGGGGCUGCCCAAGCAGGCGAUGCCAGUGUUCUUAGCCGCCAUACCGGUACAAUCUUAUCUCUCGCGCCUGGAAGCGGCGAAUUUCAAUGCAUUCGAUGCGUCGCUGCAGCGGAGAGAUUGGAAGAUGCCCUGGCACAUAUGGCGCGGCUACUAUAAAAGCAGCUUCUAA